AUGGGAGAGGACGGACACAGGACAACACCUAUACGAGGGAAAGAGGAAGAAGGGAUCAUUCAAUUAAACCUGUUCUCGCAGCGGGCACCACCCCAACCACUGGUCACAGUGUACAGUGCUACCAAGAGAUUUGUAGAUUUCUUCUCGAGAGGCUUGGAGGCCGAGUACCGCUCCCAGGGCAUCCUAGUGCAGAGUGUCCUGCCUUUCUUUGUUUCCACAAACAUGACCAACUACAUCAAACCCAACCGCUUUGUGAAGACAGCAGAAAACUUCGCUCAUGAGGCCUUGAACACAGUGGGCAUCAGUAGCAGGACAUCUGGCUGCCUUUCCCACUCUGUGCAGAGCUUCAUUUAUGACCUGCUGUGUCCUGAGUGGUUACGUCUCUCCUCCCUUGGGGUUAAAGGCACUCAGGCCAUGUGGAGGAAGUUGGAGGCCCAGAUGACCUCACUGAAACAUGAGCAGGCAAGAACUCACGCGCCCAAAUGAUGCACCACUAACCAUUGGAAGAAAUUACCAAGAGAAGGAGUGGAGUCUCCGUCUCUUGAAGUUUUGAUCUACUUCAGAUGUUUUUCUGGGAGAUGCUUUAGCCAAAUGCAAGUUAUUAUACUCAAUACAGGGGUAAAAGAGUGAAAUUCUAUGGCCUGUCAUAUGGCAGAGUCAGGCUACAUGAUCUAAUGGUCCCUUCUGACCUUAAAAUCUGUGAAUCUAUCAGUCUAAAGCAUGACUUGAAGGGAGAGCAGGAAGCCAAGAGGCUGUAGGGUGUUCAGAACAGGCCUAAAAUGUCAGCCUGAGAACCAGCUCCUACAGACCUUAUACCGGCCCAGAACCAACUGGCUUCAGUGGGAAAUUUUGUCCUAUUAAGCUCUGCAGGACUUCGCCCUGAGUCGUGUUA